AGAAAAAUAUCAUCUCAAUUUAGAUGACAACUGGCACUGAUUACUAAAGGGUCGACUACAUUAAACGAUUUUACGUUCUAUCAGCUGGCUAGUUUAGUAUUAAAUAGUAAAGUUUCCCAAUGUCAUCAUGUUGGCUAGUUGAAGAGCACAUUUUAAAUAAUCCGCAAGUAAACUUAUUUCUUGUCUUCAUUAUUGUACAACUAGCUGGCUUGCUCGCAUGUAAGCUUGCCGUCAAAUUCGGUAGUGUAAUCGCUCCUUUAGUAAGUAAGGAGUAAAACUAAAUGUGACCAAAAUAAAAUUAUUUCCAACAUAAUAUUAAAUAACAGCCACAUAAAUUUCUUGAAAAUGAAUCGGAUAACACAUAGCCACGUUUUAAAAAGCAUUUCAAAAUCAAUCAAGAACAAUCAUAAAUGUAUGUGUAAGUACGCUAAAUAUGCAGAACAGAAAUCACUGGAAAGAAUUAGAAACAUAGGUAUUUCGGCUCACAUAGAUUCUGGUAAAACAACUUUAACCGAACGUAUACUUUACUAUACUGGGCGAAUUGAAACCAUGCAUGAAGUUAAAGGAAAAGAUAAUGUAGGCGCUACAAUGGACUCUAUGGAAUUAGAAAGGCAGAGAGGAAUUACGAUUCAGUCAGCUGCUACUUAUACAUUAUGGAAAGAUCAUAAUAUUAAUAUAAUAGACACUCCAGGUCAUGUUGACUUCACCGUAGAAGUAGAAAGAGCAUUAAGAGUAUUAGAUGGUGCUAUUUUAGUUUUAUGUGCAGUUGGAGGAGUACAAAGUCAAUCUUUAACUGUGAAUAGACAAAUGAAACGUUACAAUGUACCUUGUUUAGCAUUCAUUAAUAAAUUAGACCGAUUAGGGGCAAAUCCUUAUAGAGUUCUUUCUCAAAUGAGAUCAAAAAUGAAUCAUCAUGCUGCUUUUGUUCAACUUCCAAUAGGUGUGGAAUCAAAUUGUAAAGGUAUUAUUGAUUUAGUUGGUGAAAAAUCAAUCUAUUUUGAUGGACAGUUUGGAGAACAAGUUCGUUAUGAUGAAGUACCUAAAGAUAUGAGAGUUGAAAGUGAUGAAAGAAGACAUGAGUUGAUAGAACAUUUAUCCAAUUGUGAUGAUGCUUUUGGAGAACUAUAUUUAGAAGAAAAACCUUUCACACAAGAUGAUAUAAAAGCAGCCAUACGUAGAUCUUGUCUGAAAAGAACUUUUACUCCUGUUUUUGUGGGCACAGCUUUAAAAAAUAAAGGAGUACAGCCUUUGUUAGAUGGGGUUGUUGACUUUUUACCUAACCCUGGAGAAGUUGAAAAUUAUGCUCUCAAAGAAAAAGAAGGGGAAGAAUCCCAAAAAAUUUUGUUAGAUUCUUCAAGAAAUGGCAACAAACCUUUUGUUUCCUUGGCAUUCAAAUUAGAAGCAGGUCGUUUUGGACAACUAACUUACAUGAGGUGUUAUCAAGGAAAACUUCAGAAGGGUGAUAAUAUUUAUAAUGUACGAACUCAAAAGAAAGUAAGAGUUGCUCGUUUGAUACGUUUACAUUCCAACAAUAUGGAAGAUGUUAAUGAAGUUUAUGCCGGAGAUAUUUUUGCUUUGUUUGGAGUGGAUUGUGCAAGUGGAGAUACAUUUGUGACAGACCUUAAACUGAACCUUGCUCUUGAAUCUAUUUAUGUACCUGAACCUGUUGUUUCUAUGUCUAUUAAUCCAACAAAUUCCAAGGAUAGGGAUAAUUUUUCAAAAGCUAUAGCUAGGUUCACAAAGGAAGAUCCUACUUUUCACUAUUAUUAUGAUGACGACAGUAGAGAAACAAUUGUAUCUGGUAUGGGAGAAUUGCAUUUGGAAAUUUAUGCCCAGAGAAUGGAACGGGAGUACAACUGCCCUGUUACUCUGGGAAAACCAAAGGUAGCUUUUAGAGAAACUCUUAUAUUUCCCUGCGAAUUUGAUUAUUUUCAUAAGAAGCAAUCUGGUGGUCAAGGACAAUAUGCCAAAGUUAUAGGUGUACUAGAACCACUACCUCCACACAAAAAUACACUACUAGAAUUCGUUGACGAGACAGUCGGAACUAAUAUUCCUAAACAGUAUGUUCCUGGAGUUAAAAGAGGUUUCUUAUCCAUGGCUGAGAAAGGGUUGUUGGCUGGUCAGAAACUAUCUGGUUUGAAAUUUAGGCUAAUAGAUGGAGCCCAUCACAUGGUGGAUUCUAGUGAAUAUUCGUUUUUCUUAGCAGCUCAAGGAGCCAUAAGGGAUACUUUUGAUAAAGGUAAUUGGCAAAUAUUGGAGCCGAUUAUGUCAGUUGAAAUUACUGCUCCUGAAGAAUUUCAAGGAGCAGUGAUAGCUCAAAUAAACAAAAGACAUGGUAUAGUAACAAGUACCGAAGGAACUGAGGGUUGGUUUAUUCUACACGCUGAAGUUCCCUUAAAUGAUAUGUUUGGUUAUGCUGGAGAAUUAAGAUCUAGUACACAAGGAAAAGGGGAGUUCACCAUGGAGUACUGUAGGUAUUCCCCUUGUUUACCAGAAGUGCAGGAAAGUAUCAUAGCAGAAUAUCAGAACUCCAUGGGUUUGUCACCAGAGAAAGAUAAGAAGAAGAAAAAGAACUAAUGGUAGUGUGAAACUGGCAAAAAUUAUUUAUUGUAAUGUUUUGAAAAUAUAGAAGAAAUUCUAUACAAAAA